AUGGUGCCAUCAAGACUUAAAGGUAAAUUCUACAGAGUGGUGAUUAGACCGGCCAUGUUGUAUGAGGCGAAAUGUUGUGCGGUAAAUAACUCCCAUUUCCAAAAGUUGAAGGUAGCGGAAACGAGAAUGUUGAGAUGGAUGUGUUGGUAUGCCAGGAGAGACAGGAUCAGGAAUGAGGUUAUUCGGGAUAAGGUGGGAGUAGCUUCCAUGGAGGAAAAGCUUCGACAAGUGAGGCUGAGAUGGUACGGGAAUGUGAGAAACAGAUGCCCGGAGGCACCAGUAAGGAGGUGUGAAAGGUUGCACAUGAGGGAUCUAAGGAAGGGUAGAGGGAGGCCUAAGAUGUAUUUGGGUAAGGUGAUUAGACAUGAUAUGACGCUUCUGCAGCUUACUAAGGAUAUGACCCUUGAUAGAAAGUUGUGGAGGUUGAAGAUUAGGAUAAAAGGUUAG